CGUGGUUGCCAUGGCACCGCCUCCCUGAGUCACUACAGCGGCCGGAGCACGGUUACUCUCCGGUUAUUAGUGCGGGAUGUUCAGUCCGCGUGUUGGUGCGCACCGGCUGAACGCAGCGCUGGUUGAUGCGCGCGCGCGUGUGUGUGUGUGUGUGCGUGUGUGUAGCUCAGCUGCGCUCUGUCCCGGCAUGGGGCUCCGCCAUCACCCGUGAGGCCGGGUCCAUCGUGGGAGCGCGCGGGGACACGUCGCACACCUGCGGCCGGUGGAGGUAGAUGGAGGGACGCGCGCCGCAGCCGCUGUCGACGCCGCACUCCGCCGAUUGCUUCACCUCCUCCCCGGGUCCACGGGGGAGCGCGCUCGUAAGCUGAUUUGACCCGGGAAUGUGAAUACCUCUCCGGGAUUAGAAGGCGAUUGGGUGAACGACAAUGCCCCGCGGCUCGCUCCGGCACUCCCGGCUCUUGUUCGUGCAGCGACGGACGCACGACGCCCGGUCUCACCCGGCUCACCUGCAGUAGCUGCACGGCCUCUGCUCCUGUGCCUCCUCGCUGCUGCGCCCCGGUCGCCCUCCCGGUGCGGAUUGGAUAAUAUGACUUCCUGGCUGCGCACUCACGGCAGCGUCCGUCUGUGUCUCCUGCUCUGCUGCGCGGUGGUCAGUGUCUGCGCGGAAGCCCCCGGUGCCGGUUACAGUGUGUGUUGGGCUCCAGGUAUCACGUCUUGCAAAGAGUGUCUCAGACGUGGACCACAGUGUGCCUGGUGCUUUAAGGAGGAUGGGUUGUGGCCAGGCGUUCGCUGCGACCUGCGAGGGAACCUGCUCAGAGGGGGCUGUGGACCAGAGUUCAUGGAACAGUCAGAGGUCAAGGUGGAGGUCAACGCCACCGUCAGCAGCACACAAGUGUCCCCACGAGACAUCAGCAUCACCCUCAGGCCAGGUUCGGAGGCCAGCUUUAUAGUGGCCGUGAAGCAGCUGGAUCGUUACCCUGUGGAUCUGUAUUAUCUGGUGGAUGUGUCAGCUUCUAUGCAGGAAAACCUGGAUUAUCUGAAGACGGUGGGUGUUGCUCUAUCUCUUCGUAUGACGCAGCACUCCUCAGACCUUUGGCUGGGUUUCGGCUCGUUCGUGGACAAACCUGUCUCCCCUUACAUUAAUGUCCAUCCCUCCAAGAUCAACAACCCCUGCAGUGAUUACGAGAUCCGAUGUCGACCAGCCCACGGCUUCCACCACGUCCUAAGCAUGACAGGAAACAUGAGUGAGUUCACGCGGGUGAUUAAACGCCAGCGCAUCUCGGGGAACAUGGACACACCGGAGGGAGGGCUAGACGCCAUGCUGCAAGCUGCUGUCUGCCAGGCGGUAGGUUGGCGACCAGAGGCCAAGCGCCUGUUGCUGCUGAUGACUGACCAGCCAUCUCACCUGGCGCUGGACAGCCGGCUGGCAGGGAUCGUCGUACCACACGAUGGCCGGUGUCACCUGGAGAACAACGUCUACACGGGGAGCACCAGGAUGGACCAUCCCAGCGUGGGUCAGUUGUCUGAUAAGCUGCUCGAAAACCAGAUCUACUCCAUCUUUGCUGUGGAGAAGCAACAGUACCAGUGGUACGAGGAGUUGGUGCGCCUGCUUCCUGGCUCCUACCUGGGAAAGUUAGGCCUCUUCCAGGCUUCAAACCUAAUUGAGCUGGUGGUGGAUGCAUACAAGAGGUUGCUGUCGGAAGUAGCGGUGUCGGUGUCAGUGGAGGACAAGGCAGUCAGCAGGUACUGGGUAUCUGUGUCUCCUCUCUGUCCAAACGGGUCCACUGCUAAGGACCAGAGCUGCACAGGGGUGCAGCCCGACCAGACGGUUUACUUCAACAUCACCAUCGGCCUGCGCUCUUGCCCCGAUGAUGGUGAAGAUGAAGACAUACGAGUGAUGGUUCUUCCUGUGGGUUACAACGAAUCCACUGUCGUCAGGAUUCACUCUAAGUGCCGCUGCAGCUGUGGGCCAACAAUGCGCUGUCAUGACGACAGCCAGUCACCGUGUACAGGGACCCAAGAUGGCACCAAUCAGGGGCAGAGGCCCGACCACAGACUGCUGAACAACUCAAACCGGGAUUCAAACUGGAAAUGCAGAGCCGAUGGGUCUGAUGUGGACUGCAGUGGUCGGGGAGAGUGUGACUGUGGGAGGUGUAUGUGUGAACAGAGCCGGCUCGGGACAGUAUACGGGAAAUACUGCGAGAGAGACGACUUCUCCUGCCCGUAUGAUGAGGGUCUUCUGUGUGGGGGACGGGGUGUGUGUGUGUCAAGUGAAUGUUUGUGUGACGAUGGAUGGACAGGUGAUAGCUGCAGUUGUCCAGUGUCUGAAGCAACUUGCCAAUCAGCCAAUGGCUUGUUAUGCAGCGGGCGGGGAAGAUGUGUGUGUGGCAAGUGUGUGUGUGAUGACCUCCACUACUCCGGAGACUUCUGCGAGAGAUGUCCUGCUUGUCAGAGUACCUGCCAAUCAUACGGGAAUUGCGUGGGCUGCCGCGCUUCCCACGGUCUCGCACAAAAGGAGGCGGGACAGUGCAACAUCACCUGUGCACCACUGGUGGGCUACAUGGAUGAUGUAUCAGACUGUACCAGCAGUAGUCGGUUGAUGGGAACAUUCCUCAGUGUGUGUGCUCUGACAGUGCUCUGCGGGCUGGUGCUGGUGGCCAUGUCCCGGCUGCUUCUACAGAGAAAAGGCUGGUCACCAGGGGGCACUGCUGAAGACGGCGUCUAUCACUGCACUGGAAAGGACCUGUCAUACAUACCUACAACCAAUGAGAAGACCGUCACCUACAGGAGGGACCAUCCACAUGACCACCCUGUGGAGAUGCACAUCCAGGUUCCCAAGAUGCCCCUCAAUGAUCCCUGGCAGUACUAGGCAGAGGUCAGAGGUGAUGGUCAGAAGGAAGGCAGUGUAGAGACGUGUGGAAGGAAAGUUGGACAGAAGGCCUCUUUUUCUGUAUCUUGAAACUUCAACCAGCUGUAUGUGGAGACACUGAUAAUGGUUAACGACACGAUGAAACCUCCAUGGAAUCACAAUUGAUAAAUGAACUGACCAAAGGCUCAUGGACUGUGUGACUAAUGUGGCCAGUAUCCUGGAAAUCGAUAUUUAUGGGUCUGUGUGUGCGUGUGUGUGUGUGUGUGUGUGUGUGUGUGUGUGUGUGUGUGUGUGUGUGUGUGUGUGUGUGUGUGUGUGUGUGUGUGUGUGUGUGUGUGUGCUUGUGGGUGUGCGAGGGUGCAGAUAGGUGCAUUUAUGCUCUAUCUAGGGUUUAUUUUUACAGUAAAAAACACUACAUGUUUUCGCGUCAUUGUUGACUGCGGGACCCUCCAACACUCCAACUGUACUGUGUUCCUAUUUUAGUCUGCCCUCUUGUGGCCAGCUUGAGGCAUGACAUUUUCUCCUUAAUAAUACUGUCUACACAUAACUGACCUCAGCUGUAUUGCUUAUCGGUAUUUAAUUCAUGAUGCUCACCAGUGACUCUAUAUAUUUCUUUCUAGUUUUAUUCGAAUUUUUGGCGUACCUGCUCUCAUAUCGGUUAUUUAAUGUUCUUGUGUCGCAUUUUGUUUUUGGUGACUGAUCAACUGCAUUGACAAUUGGUGUUAUUUUAUGGCAUUUUACUAUCGUUAUAUAUGCGAAUGUAGUUUCAUUUGAUUGUCUGGUUAGACUUGCACUAGAUCAAUUUUUUUUUUGCAUUAUACUACUGAAAACUGUGAGGUCUCUGAGAGCUGUAAUGGUCAGGCUGAAAUGAUUGGUUUGCUAUACUUAGGGCAUUAAAGGUCAUCUUAAAGAGCAUUUGAGGCUAAUGUAACAAAAUCACAACACUGGAAUUACAAUGGACUGAAACGCCAUUUGUAAAAUACAGAAAUACUUCGAACUGAUAGCAAGUGUAUCAUCAAAUGCCUGAGUAUUCGACCUCUGUACCAGAGACUGAAUUGUGUCUGCAUGAAUCUGCUGAUCAUCCCAGAGCCAUUACUCUCCAGAACUGUAGAUAAACUGUUACGUUUCCACUCUUAGACCAACUCCUAGGCAAAGGUACAAAUCAGCACUAAUGGUACGGAGAUCGGAGGACUUCCUCUCCUCACACUCCUCAUGCACUAGGUCCUCUGGAUCCAGAAUGCCAGUUGCAUGGCAUCGUGUGUAACUUUUGCUUUACCAAUCCUGUUCCUUUUUUUCAAAUUGUUUUAUUUAAUGCGAAGUUGUUCACAGCAACAGGUGAACACUAAUUAUUAUUUAUUGUUAUCUAAUUGUUGUUGUUUUUCUUCUAUUCUGAUAUGAUAAUUGUUCUAUUUUAUGCAAAUGCUACUUAAGGAAUGGGUAGUAAGUACUCUUUAUGAUUAUGAAGAGUGGACUCUGUCGCUAACAAAGAGAAUAAUUCAGCAAUAAGGUAAUAAACAUCUCAUCACUCAGAGUAACAACA